AGAUUUUGUGUAUAUAAAGUCGAUUACUGAACGAUACGUGGCAAUUCAGCUCAAACUCACGAUCAGAGAACGACACUCAAAAUGAAGUCUUCGGCAGUUUUAUUGUGCUUGAUGCUGUGCGCGACGCUUGUAAUAACGCAAUCGCAAAUAUUGCCCUAUCCGGGCGACUGCUCCAAGUAUCAACAAUGCGAUGCGAGCGGUUGCUUUGUUAUCAGCUGCGGUAGGGGAACAGAAUUCAACCCAGCUAUCAAUACCUGCGAUUAUCCUCUGAUGGAUCGCACAGGAUGUAACAAUCGUGGCUGAGAGUCCCGAUGAGAGUCUUGGAUGGGAGCGAUUUUCGUAAAGGAAAUGCUGGACGCUUUUGCAAUUCUCCGACGAACGCGACGUUUGAGCGUUAAAUAUCUGUUAUUACAAAUAUCUGUUAAUACAAAUAAAAUUAUGUUGUUGUAUGCAAAAAUA